GGAGCGAAGGAAAGGCGCGUGGAGAUCUGUCUCACUGGUGAACGGAGACCCCGGACAACUCGCCGCGCAGUCUCGAGGCGCCAUGACCCCGGCUCGGCUGAUCGUGCUGCUGGCCGUCUGCCUGUCGGCAGUGCUCUCUACGGCCGCCGCCAAGGCCCUAGAGAAGGGGAUAACGUUCCCGCAGUUCGAGGGGACCGGCGACCGCCAGCUAGACGUGAUACCGAGUGAUGGAGGACGACGGACGGCCGAGACGGCGCUGCUGAACUACCUGUACGCUCGCCAGAUGCUGCGUAGGCUGCGCAAGAAUCUGGACGUCUCAGAGCUGCAACAAAAGCGCUCCUACUGGAAGCAGUGCUCCUUCAACGCUGUCUCCUGUUUCGGCUAG